AUGGCCAAAGAAGAAGACCGAAAACAAGAUUUUUUAUUAGAGUUAUAUAAAGAGAAAGAGAAACUAGAUCCUUCCUUUUACCAUAGUAUACGAUUACUUUCGAAAGAAAUUGCUCGAGUAGAAUGUGGCGAUGAAACGUCUGGUAAUGGUUCUCUUAAUAGCAAUAAUGUCAAACAGGAAUCUCCAAUGACAUCCGUUCGACUUCAUGAUCCAUAUUCUCCCAGUGCUAUCAAACUAUCUGAAAGAGUAUUAAUUCCUGUCAAAGAUUAUCCAGGCUUCAAUUUUAUUGGAAAACUACUCGGUCCUCGUGGUAACACGCUAAAGAGGCUCCAAUCUGAUACAUUGACGAAAAUGUCAAUACUUGGUAAAGGGUCGAUAAGAGAUAAGGAAAAGGAAGAAGAAUUAAGGCGGGAUGAUCCUAGCAGUCACUUACAUUUAGAUUUACAUGUCCUCAUUGAGGUGGAAGCACCUUAUCAUGAAGCACAUCAACGCCUAUGCGCUUCUGUAGAAGCUUUAAGAAAAUUUCUGAGGCCGACAAACAGUGAUCCUCUCCACCAACAGCAAAUGAUCGAAUUAGCUUAUUUAUCUGGUAAGCAAGACGAAAGUGGAGAUUCUGUCGCUGUAGCUAAAUCUUAUCCCAGACCUAUCAUUCACCGCAAACUUACGGAGAUUGAUGCGCCAACUGAAAGAAGAGUUAAUGAUCCUUCGCAGAUUUUAAGAGCAAAAACUUUAUUCGCAUCUCGUUCCGCUACUUUGGGCAGAGUACGUGAGAGUGUACCAUCAAAGUAUACAGAAUAUACUGAAGAAAAGUAUGAUCCACGCUACGAGGAAAAUUACUCUCCUUACUCAUCAGACUUCAUGGAACCAAGUAAUCAAGGUUCGCGUUAUAUUUAUACAUAUGAUACCCCUAGCGAAUCUCAUGCUGAUUCCAAUAUCGAUAAAUUUGGUGAAUAUGAUGGUAAAUGGAACACCCCUUCACUAGAGGUACAUGCCUCUACCAGGAAAAUAAUUUAUUAUCGACUGUUAAUAUUAUUUAUCAUAUCAGAGUUUCGAUUAAUAUCUACAGCAUUAGGCGCUGCAAAAAGGUGA